AUGACAGGGGUAUAUGCACCAACUUGCAACUUAGAAAGACAGGAGGUGUGGUGGGAGAUAGGGGCUGUCAGGAGUUUAUUUACAGGGCCUUGGGUUCUUGGGGGUGAUUUCAAUAUUGUUAGAUAUGCUUCAGAAAAGAGGAACUGCUCCAGAACCUCUGUGUACAUGAAUGAUUUUUCUGAUGUUAUUGAGGACAUGGAGCUAAUUGAUCCACCACUUGAAGGGGGGAACUACACGUGGGCCAGGGGAUCCAACCUGGAAGCUGUUUCGAGGAUAGACAGAAUUAUGUACUCCUCUGAAUGGGGGGAGAGUUUCUGCAAUGUAAAGCAAGAAUUACUACCUAGAGUUUGUUCCGACCAUGCACCAAUUGCACUUAAAAGUGGUCGUUGGAGUCAUACAAAAUCAUAUUUCAAAUUUGAAGGAUGGUGGUUGGAGACCGAGGGUUUUUAUGAAAGAAUUAAAGAUUGGUGGACAUCGUUUGAAUUCGAAGGGAGGCCUGAUUUCAUCCUAGCUUCCAAGCUGAAAGCUAUGAAGACUAAACUGAAAGACUGGAGUGUAAGCACCUAUGGGAACCUGGAAAAAAGAAAGAAGGAAAUGCUCAACAGAGUUCAUGAGUUUGACAACAUUCAACAGUCCAGGCAUUUAACUGAAGAAGAGACUCUUCAAAAAGCAAGUGUGGUAAAAGAGUUUGAAGAGUACGCAAAAAAGGAAGAGAUAGCUUGGAGACAGAGAUCUAGAACUCUGUGGAUAAAACAAGGGGACAAAAAUACAAAGUUCUUUCAGAGAAUGGCAAAUGCUCAUAAGAGGUUCAACCAUAUUGAUAAACUG